UGUGAUUGGCUACUCGGUAUAGGGUCCUUUCCGGGGCGAGGUCUAUCAUCAUCAACAUGGCUGCCGCUCAGCUCGACAGUCGUGUUGACUCCGCGAUCGCGUCAGUUUUACAAGAGUUGGACGGGAUCACUUCACUCAAACCCGAGCAAGUUGAUGCCCUGAAAUCUUUUGUAUGUGGGAGAGAUGUUUUGGCACUCUUGCCCACCGGUUUCGGCAAGAGUCUGAUCUACCAGAUCGCCCCGUUAGUGAAGCUGGGUCGCACGAACCCUAUUGUGAUAGUUGUCUCGCCGCUGGUAGCAUUAAUGGAGGACCAGGUUCGGGAGGCUGCCAAGCUUGGCGUAAAAGCAGUCCAGCUGGGAAACGAUGACGAAGGGGUCAUAAAUGGAGACUACCAGCUUGUGUAUGGUGGUCCCGAGCGCUUCGUGCUGCAGGACAAGUGGAGGGAGAUGCUGUCUUCUGCCGUGUACAGCGAACGCCUCGCGGGGAUUGUCGUGGAUGAAGUCCACGUUACGUACAAAUGGGGCAAUGGGUCGAAAGGAAAACCUGCAUUCAGGGAGGCCUUCAGUAGACUGGGAGAGCUGAGGUCGCUGGUUAGACAAGGAACGCCUAUCCUUGCCCUUACUGCGUCAGCUGAACUACAAUCUGUACAGAUGGUGAAGAGGAUUUUGAACAUGGAUGCAGCUCGUGUGGUAAAAGCGAGUCCUAACAGGCUUAACAUAAGAUUGGGUCUUGUACCCAUCCCUUAUGACAAGAUGGUGUGUCUUGAUUGGAUUAUUAAAAAGAUUCGCAAUGAAGGGCUGGAUAUGGAGUGUAUCAUUAUUUACUGUAGGUCAUUGAAAGCUGUUGGGAAAGUGUUUUGCCACUUAAAAUCUGAACUGGGGAGGGAUGCAUGGGUAACGGGAAAUAAAUCCAAGAACAUGUUGAUCGGAAUGUACCAUAGUGCUACACUAGAUAGAUACAAGGAGAGAGUUGUGAAUUCCCUACUGGGGAAUGGCAGUUGUAGAGUUGUGGUGGCCACAACAGCUUUAGGCAUGGGCGUCAAUUUUAAGAAUGUUGGAAAGAUUGUGUUGUAUGGGCCUCCUGAGGACCCUGAGAAUAUUCUGCAGAUGGUAGGUAGAGCAGGCCGCGAUGGCAGCGAUGCCCAUGCUGUACUUUACUACUAUCGACAGCAACUCAUUAAGGCUGAUAAAUCUGUGAAAGAGUUUGUGGAAGGAAAAGAUGAAACCUGUAUCAGGAAGCGCCUGUAUUGCAAUUUUGAAGAUAACCCGGUCUCUGUACAGCCAGGUCAUAGCUGCUGCACGGCUUGUCACCGCAAAUGUAAAUGUACAGGCUCAGUGUGCCCUGUCACCUUCCCAGAGUAUGAAUCUUUUGAGUUUCUACUUAAGUUACCGGUGCGAGCAAGAGAAGUGAAUGAGGAUGACAAAAGUUUUGUACGAGAGCUUAUGUAUCAGUACAAGGAUUCCCUGUCUAAUCAAAGUGUGUCACUCAUGACAACAGAUGUAGAAUGCACAGGCUUUGGAGAAGAAUUGAUUGAGUCUGUAGUUGAACAUAGUUGUCAUAUUUUCACAUUGGAAUACGUAAAGAGAACCCAACCAGUGUUCAGUAGAAGACAUGCCCAUGCUAUUUUGCUCAUUAUUGGGGAAGUGUUUGAAGACAUACCAGAUGUCAAGAUGCAGUUGGGGCUUGGCCCAAAGUCUGUAGAACCAAAAGAAGAAAUUGUCUUUGAUUAUAGUUAUUCAGAACACUUUGAUGGUGGCCUCACAGUCUCUGACAAUGAGAGUGACAAUGACUGGGUCCUCUAUGAGUGUGGCUCGGAAGAAGAGGACUAGUCCUCCCCAAAAUACUACCUACUAUUUGAUAAUAUUUUUCUGUAUUUUGUUUUCUCUUCUGAUUCUAAACCUAACUGCAUCACCAUAUCUUAGGUAGUUAUCUCAAUCACCAAUAUGAAUAAACAAGAAAAGGAAGAACAUCCUCAUCAAACACUGAAUAGAAUUCAUACAUGUAUAUAUUCCUAUACAUGUAAAUACUUAACAUUUGCACAUUGUUGAUACACUGAAAGUAUACUCAAUGUUGUUAAAGGAAGGAGAGAUACAUUUGAUCAUAUGUCUUUACCAGAGCAUAUUGACAUCAAAGCUGUUAGUUUUACCAGCCAUAGUCAAACUUGUUACAUGUCUGUAUAUACAUUUGGGACCACAUUGUUUAUGCUGCAUGGACUACUCUUUGUACAUAUGUAUAUUUACAUUUGCAACUUUAACUGUACAUGUACACAUAUGCAUCUGCAAUACAUGUAGAAUCAUUAUAGAACAAAGUUAAAAAGGAACUUCAGUUUGUUGAGGUAGCUUUUGUACAAUGCACAUAUGUAAAAUGUCAGCUUGUAUGUUAGCACAUUGGUGAUGCACUGAAAAUAAACUCAACUUUGUUACAAGUAUAUGCUCGUACAAUCUUUACUGGAUCAUAUUCAAAUAAUUUUACCAGCCAUAAUCAGACUUCUGGAGAGAAAAAAAGGUUUGUUGAGGUGCUUACAUCUUUGAUUAUAAUGGAAGCAAAAACAGUUCACGUGUGAAAAUGCCAGCUGGUAUGUUGAACAUACAGUUAUACACAGAAAAUAAACUCAACUUUUCUUUCGCAAGACGAAAGUACAGAUGUUAAUAUGAAACAUCUUGACAUCAAAAGCAUUCCU